CCACAAUGCACCGCGCCGCUGACAUGGCGGCCGGGCCGGACUGAGCCGCCGCCGUCGGGGCCUGCAGCAGCCGCAGCCGGGCAUGGCGGGGGCGCCGCGCCGGCUCCGCUAGCGCCGCACACAGUAGACAAUCAGCUACGAUCCUUGCCUGCACAGAGGAUUUAAAAUCAACUGCAAGUUGCUGAAGAAUUGCACUUCAAGUGGUCUCAAGACAGGAGAAGCAGGUCUUCACUAUAAUGGAAGAGGCCAAGAGCUCAAAGAAUGGAAAUCAUGACCCAAGGAAGUCUGUCCGUCUUGUCUGUGAGGAAGGCAAAACAGUCAAAGUUACAAUUAAUCAAAAUUAUAAAUAUAAUAGAAAUGACAAAUCUGUGAAGGAUGUUGGGAGAAGUUCUCCAAGUGGGAAUAGCAGCAGAAAAAGUAAACAAAAUGAUGUUUGUUCUGAAAAACAAGGAGAAAAUAAAUCAUGCAAAGUAAAUAGUUGUAUUCCUGGAACUAAAGAUUUGGGAUCAAAUGUUCAGGAUCGAAGUCAUGGAAAAACAAAAAAAUUUUCUAAUUUAUCAUCAGCAAUGGAAAACCUGAAACAGACAAAAGCCCAGCCAGUGGUAGAAAAUGCUCCAGGCUCCCAUGUUGCAGGGAAUGGGGUCAGUAUGGAAAGCUUAGCAGCUACUCAGAAAGGGAAACUGGUGCUGGAAAAUCCAGUGGGAGUUCAUACUUUGAAGACUAGUGUUGAUCAGGCUGGUGAUCCUGGUAAGACUGCUGCAGAUCAAAGAAAAAUGGAACACAAACCUGAUGACUUCAGUAAAAUAAAGAAUUCUGAGUCAACAAAAGAACAUACCUUGGAAGUGGAUUAUUUAGAAAACACUGGAGUUAUUGAUGAAUCCAAUCUGACAGUUGAACAGCAACUAGGAUUGAAACAAGCUGAAGAACGUCUGGAAAGAGAUUAUAUCUCCCGACUUGAAAAACGCUCCCCAGAAUACACCAACUGUCAGUAUCUAUGCAAACUCUGCUUAGUCCACAUUGAAAAUAUCCAGGGAGCCCACAAGCAUAUUAAGGAAAAACGUCAUAAGAAAAAUAUAAUGGAAAAGCAGGAAGAGAACGAGCUGCGGGCGCUCCCACCGCCCUCGUCUGCACAGUUGGCUGCUCUGAGUUUCACUCUCAUCGAGGCAGCAAAUGAACAAGGCAUCUCAGAUGAGGACUUCAGAAUUCGGCAAGAAAUUGUAAAUGAGAUGGAGAAAAUUAUUCAACAGCCCUUACCAGACUGUUCCCUGAGGAUGUAUGGCUCCUGUUUAACUAGAUUUGCUUUUAAGACCAGCGAUGUUAACAUUGAUAUCAAAUUCCCCCCUAAGAUGAGUCAACCAGAUGUUCUGAUCCAGGUGCUUGAGAUCUUGAAGAACAGUGCUGUCUACUCAGAUGUGGAGUCGGAUUUCCAUGCCAAAGUUCCUGUUGUCUUUUGCAAAGAUGUUAAAAGUGGUUUGACGUGUAAAGUAAGUGCUAGGAAUGACGUGGCUUGCCUUACAACUGACCUGCUGGCUGCACUUGGUAAACUGGAGCCUGUCCUGAUUCCCUUGGUUUUGGCUUUCCGCUAUUGGGCUAGACUCUGUCACAUUGACUGUCAGGCUGAAGGUGGGAUUCCCUCGUAUUCCUUUGCCUUAAUGGUGAUAUUUUUUCUUCAACAAAGAAAACCACGUAUUUUACCAUCCUAUUUGGGCAAUUGGAUUGAAGGCUUUGAUUCGAAGAGGCCAGAUGACCACCAGCUGAAAGGGGUGGAAGAUGAAGAAUUUGUAAGGUGGGAGUACAAACCACCCACAAAUGGUGCAGCGAAAAACUCUGUUGGAGCAGAAAGCAAAGCUAAAGUUGAACAACAAAAAGGUGGUGGCAAGAAGGCAACAAGCUCAGAAGUGGACAACCAAAGCAAUGCGAAAGAGAAACAUGGGAUUUCUCUCUUAGCAUUCAAAACCCCUCACCAAGUUUCACUGGGGCAACUGUGGUUGGAACUUUUGAAGUUUUACACACUGGAAUUUGCUUUGGAGGAAUAUGUCAUCAGCAUACGGGUACAAGAGCUCUUAACCAGAGAGAAUAAAAACUGGCCUAAGAGGCGAAUAGCCAUUGAAGAUCCUUUUGCACUAAAGAGGAAUGUUGCACGAAGUCUAAAUAGCCAGAUGGUAUUUGAGUACAUCCUGGAGCGAUUUAGGACAGCAUAUAAAUAUUUUGCAUGUCCACAAAGUAAAGGUGGGAUUAAAUCCAAGCCAGAUACCAAGAAAAAAGAAAAAGGGAAAAUAAAUAAUAAGAAAUCCACAAGAUCAGAAGAUCCUGUAGCAAACUGUUGCCUUUCACAAGAGGAAAAUGUUGUAGAUAAAGAAGUUACAGGAAGUGGAUGUAACAUACCAGAGAAUGAAGUUGAAUGUAAUCAAGUGGAAGAAGCUGUAGCCAAAAGAUGCACUUCCCACAACACGGACUCUUUGCUACUUUUAACAUUGGACUCUAGCUAUGAAGAAGACAAAGAAGAAGCUUUAUCCCUUAUUCCCAAUGAAAGCUGUGAACUAAAGGAAGAAUCACCUAAAGAGAGGCAUGAUUUAGAAAUUUCAGUGUGUCUAACUGAGGGUGAGCUUAGCCACCACUGUAACUGCAGUGCACGUCAGCCUGAUGACACCAAUUCCAGUACUGAGUUUUCUGAUGCUGAAAGUAGGCAGAGUUUGGUGACAGAGUCGUCUUCACAGACCACGUGCACUGGCACCCCAGCUACCUCGGCCAGCUGCAAAGCAGGGCUGGAAACCCAGGAUCUCAAAGAGGAAGGCAGACUCUCAACAGAAGAAAUGCAUUAUGUGUUUGAUAAGUUUAUUUUUACUUCAGGAAAGCCACCAACUAUAGUAUGCAGCAUCUGCAAACGGGAUGGACAUUCCAAAAAUGAUUGCCCAGAGGAUUUCAAGAAGAUUGAUCUAAAACCACUACCACCAAUGACAGACAGAUUUCGGGAAAUACUUGAUAUAGUGUGUAAAAGAUGUUUUGAUGAAUUAUCCCCUCCUUUAUCUGAGCAACAAAACAGAGAACAAAUACUGGCAAGUUUGGAGAGAUUUAUUCGAAAAGAGUAUAAUGAUAAAGCCAGGCUUUGCUUAUUUGGCUCCUCAAAGAAUGGAUUUGGAUUUCGGGACAGUGAUCUAGAUAUCUGCAUGACAUUGGAAGGUCAUGAAAAUGCAGAGAAAUUGAACUGUAAAGAAAUAAUAGAAGGUUUGGCAAAAGUUCUUAAGAAGCAUCCAGGUUUGAGGAACAUCUUGCCUAUAACAACAGCCAAAGUGCCUAUAGUAAAGUUUGAACACAGGCGGAGUGGCUUGGAAGGAGAUAUCAGUUUAUACAAUACACUGGCACAGCAUAACACAAGGAUGCUGGCUACCUACGCAGCUAUUGAUCCUAGGGUGCAAUAUCUGGGCUACACAAUGAAAGUUUUUGCAAAGCGCUGCGAUAUUGGUGAUGCAUCCCGUGGUAGUCUGUCUUCAUAUGCCUAUAUUCUUAUGGUUUUGUACUUUCUACAGCAGAGAAAUCCGCCAGUUAUUCCAGUUCUUCAGGAGAUAUUUGAUGGCAAACAGAUUCCACAAAGAAUGGUGGAUGGAUGGAAUGCGUUUUUCUUUGAUGACAUGGAAGAAUUGAAGAAGCGUCUGCCUUCUCUGGGAAAGAACACUGAAUCUCUUGGAGAGCUCUGGCUGGGGCUGCUGCGGUUCUACACUGAGGAAUUUGACUUCAAGGAAUACGUGAUCAGCAUCCGGCAGAAGAAGCUGUUAACCACCUUUGAGAAGCAGUGGACAUCCAAAUGUAUUGCCAUCGAAGAUCCUUUUGACUUGAAUCAUAAUCUGGGUGCUGGAGUCUCUAGGAAAAUGACCAAUUUCAUAAUGAAGGCAUUUAUCAAUGGGAGAAAAUUAUUUGGUACUCCAUUCUACCCAGCUGUUGGAAGAGAAGCUGAAUACUUUUUUGACUCAAAAGUGCUGACAGAUGGGGAAUUGGCACCCAAUGACAGAUGUUGUCGUGUCUGUGGAAAAAUUGGUCACUACAUGAAAGACUGUCCAAAGAGGAGGAGGUUGAAGAAAAAGGAGAAUGAGAAAGAUGAUGAAAAAGAGGUGAAAGAAGAUGACAGAGAAACAAGAGAGAAAAGGUGUUUCAUCUGUGGGGAUGUGGGUCAUGUUAGGAGAGAUUGUCCUGAAUUCAAACAAACCCGUCAGAGAAAUAAUAGUGUGCCAGGCACGCAGCUGGUCCGGAGCAUGGUCAAUUCCCAGCUGGUGGCUGUGGGCCAGCAGCAGGUGGAGCGGCCCCUGCGUACCAGGCAGUCAUCAGAAUGUUCUGAUUCGCAUCAGUCAUCUUACUCUCCACAACCUCAACAAUUCCCACAGAAUUCCUCUCAGCCAGCCUCCAUUAACCAGACUCAGCCACAAUCAAUAUCCCAGUCUAAGCACGUUCCUCAGCCACAGCAGGGUGCACAGCCACCCCAUCAGGUCCAGCUGCCUUUGUUUAACUUUCCCCAAUCUCCCCCAGGUCAGUAUUCCACCUUGCAUAACCUGGGACUGCUUCAGAUGCACCAUCACCACCAAAUUCAGCUUCCCAACACUUCUUGGCCUAUUCAUGGGCCUGUUAUUCACUCUGCACCGGGUAACCCUCCUCAUUCUACAAAUGUUGCAUUUUCUAUGAGAUCUGGCAGCAGCAGCGCCACAAAUAACCAGAGCAGUGUAAGCUUGAAUGAUCCCAGUAUCAUCUUUGCACAGCCUGCUGCCAGGCCCAUGGGAAUCCCCAGCACUUCUCAUGAGGGACACUGGCACAAUCCCGUGACUCCAAACUCACUGGUGAACAAUGGCACUGUGGGGAAUUCAGAUCAGGGUUUCCAAGGACAGUUUGGUAAAAUGAACCCUCCUUCUGUCCCUUGGGACCAUGGGACCCCUACCCAUUUUCCUCUCCUCCGAGGAGCGUGGCCUUACAAUAUGCCUCAGAACUACAUGCAGCAGGGAAAUGCCAGCUACCCACCGAACAAACCUUUCUACCCUCAAGCUGGUCCACUGAUGCAGAGUAACCAGCGAUUCUCGCUUCUGUCUCAAGGACACCCACACUUGAAUCUGAAUUACAUUCAACAGAAAAAGUGAAAUUGGAUGGGAUUGUGAGUGGGUGGGGGGAGGGGAGGAAGAAAUUCAGGUUCUGAUUUAAAAUCUUAAUGCAACAUGUUUAGAUACAAGAUUAUUUAAGACUGUUUUUAAACUGUAUCAUUUGUACAUAGAUAUGAACUAUAGUUUUUACUAGUAUCACAAAACUGAGUGAUACAAAUUUCAUCUAUUUUAUUACCCUAUUUUUAAGGGGAAUUGUGUUUUGUUUUAUCUUGAUAAACUGUAAAGAGAGAGAAUUUUUAAAAUUAAGUUCUUUAUUUUCUAUUAGCUGUAUUCAUACUUUGGUUGCUUCAGACUUUAUAUAUAUUGUUCUAAAAAAAUAAAAUUAGAAGGGGAUUUCAUGUGUUUAAAAAUUUGUCACUUCUAUUCUUUACAGAACGAUGUAGUGCCAAAAAACUUUUUAAAAAGAAAAAUAAAACUGCAAAAAAAGGACAUAA